AUGUCUGCCGCUCCGACGACCGCCGCGCCUCCUGUCGCGUUCAACCGCCUCAAGCAGAUCGCUACCGAUGCUUGCCAAUCAGCAAUUGGAUCUGCGGAAUUCUACGACCAUGCGAAGACCGAGCAAUGGAACAGUGCAAUCAUCGUAGGCUCCUUCCCCUUCUCCCAAGCCCCUUUUCGGGGACGAUCCAGCCGAAAUCUAACGCCGUGGCAACAGUCAUCCGUCCUGAAGGCUGUCAUCUCCGAGUCCACUCCCCAAGGCGGAUCAGCCCCUGCCUAUAAAUUCGCUUGUAACUCUACGAUCGUUCAGCACCUCGUUCCUACCUCUUCCCUGAACAAGUCCAAGGGCACCACCGCCAACUCCGAGGAGCCGCACAUCUCCACGAGCGCCGAGACUACCGGUACCGACGGCAAGCCUCACGUUGGACGCCGCGGCAUGCACAGCGCCACGGGUGCCUACUGGGAUGAGAAAAAGGACGGCAUGUGGUCCUACAAAUACGAUGGCGGCGAGGGCAAGGGAAUGGACGUCGUCAUCAUGCUCAUCUGGGUCGCUAUCUAA